CGCGGGCCGGACGGACGCGAGCAAAGGGGCAGGCGGCGGUGGCCGGGGGCGGCGGGGGGGAUCCGGCGGCCGGGACGCGGCGGGGGGCAGCCGGCGGCCGCCGGGGNAACGCGGGGCGGUGAUGUCGGAGCACGCGGCAGCCCCAGGGCCUGGGCCCAACGGCGGCGGGGGUGGCGGCGCGGCGCCCGUGCGCGGCCCUCGCGGCCCCAAUCUCAACCCCAACCCGCUCAUCAACGUGCGCGACCGGCUCUUCCACGCUCUCUUCUUCAAGAUGGCCGUCACCUACUCACGCCUCUUCCCACCUGCUUUCCGCCGCCUCUUUGAAUUCUUCGUUCUGCUCAAGGCCCUGUUUGUGCUUUUCGUCCUCGCCUACAUACACAUCGUCUUCUCCCGGUCCCCCAUCAACUGCUUGGAGCAUGUUCGAGAUCGAUGGCCACGGGAGGGUGUCCUGCGGGUGGAGGUGCGCCACAACUCGAGCCGGGCACCGGUGAUCCUGCAGUUCUGUGAUGGGGGCCUGGGGGGCCUGGAGCUGGAACCCGAGGAGGAGCUCACUGUGGAGAUGUUCCCCAACAGCUCCAUCAAGUUUGAGCUGGACAUUGAGCCAAAAGUGUUCAAGCCACAGAGCGGUGCGGACGCCCUGAACGACAGCCAGGACUUCCCUUUUCCUGAGACGCCAGCAAAAGUGUGGCCACAGGAUGAGUACAUUGUGGAGUACUCACUGGAAUAUGGCUUCCUGCGGCUGUCGCAAGCCACACGCCAGCGUCUGAGCAUUCCUGUCAUGGUGGUCACCCUAGACCCCACGCGGGACCAGUGCUUUGGGGACCGCUUCAGCCGCCUAUUGCUGGAUGAGUUCCUGGGCUAUGAUGACAUCCUCAUGUCGAGUGUAAAGGGUCUGGCAGAGAACGAGGAAAACAAAGGCUUCUUGAGAAAUGUGGUCUCUGGGGAGCACUACCGCUUCGUCAGCAUGUGGAUGGCUCGCACAUCCUACCUGGCAGCCUUUGUCAUCAUGGUCAUCUUUACCCUCAGCGUGUCCAUGCUGUUGCGAUACUCGCACCACCAGAUCUUCGUCUUCAUCGGUGAGUCCCAGCCGGCCGGGGGUGGGGUGGGCUCUCCCCAGGCCCUCAUGGGCGGCCGCCCUGUGCCCGCAGUGGACCUGCUGCAGAUGCUGGAGAUGAACAUGGCCAUCGCCUUCCCCGCAGCGCCCUUGCUGACCGUCAUCCUGGCUCUCGUCGGGAUGGAAGCCAUCAUGUCUGAGUUCUUCAACGAUACCACCACGGCCUUCUACAUCAUCCUCACCGUGUGGCUGGCCGACCAGUAUGAUGCCAUCUGCUGCCACACCAACACCAGCAAGCGGCACUGGCUGAGGUUCUUCUACCUCUACCACUUCGCCUUCUAUGCCUACCACUACCGCUUUAACGGGCAGUAUAGCAGCCUGGCCCUGGUCACCUCCUGGCUCUUCAUCCAGCAUUCCAUGAUCUACUUCUUCCACCACUAUGAGUUGCCCGCCAUCCUGCAGCAGAUCCGAAUCCAGGAGAUGCUGCUGCAGACACCACCGCUGGGGCCCGGGACCCCCACGGCGCUGCCUGACGACCUCAACAACAACUCUGGCUCCCCUGCCACCCAGGAUCCCAGCCCUCCCCUGGCGCUGGGCCCCAGCUCCAGCCCCGCGCCCACUGGUGGGGCAUCUGGGCCUGGCUCACUGGGUGCUGGGGCCUCAGUAUCCAGCAGUGACCUAGGUUGGGUGGCGGAGACCGCCGCCAUCAUCUCUGACGCAUCCUUCCUGUCGGGGCUGAGCGCCUCUCUACUGGAGCGGCGGCCAGCAGCCCCUAGUACCCCGGACAGCUCACGACCUGACUCUGGGGUCCCUCUGGAGGACGCAACUGCCCCUGCCGGGUCCUGAGACCGGUGUCGUGCCCGGCUCCCAGCGGAGCCGCGGCCCGAGCCCAAGAGAGCUGUGGUCUGCAGGGAGAGGGGCUGGUGGCGAAGGUUCUGGAAGCCGCCGGGACAGGGCGGCGAUGGGCACGAGGCCACCGGCCGCCUGGUGCUCCCCAGUGCCUUCCACACGGCGCCCGCGCGGGGCCGAGCGCCCGGGCCCGGACUAGCAGGUGGCGGCUCAGGAUGCGGGGCGCACGUUCCACGCUAUUUAAUUGCAGUGUACAGAGUCGUGUUUGUAUAUAGAAUAAACUGUCGUGGACAGUG